AUAUACCUCAUUACCCUACGCAAAACGAAAGCCGCUAUUUAAAGAAUGUUUAUUUGCAAGGAAACUUCAAAAUAACAAUCUAUGAAGACUGAAACAUUAUUGGCGAUACUUGAUUGAACCCUAAACCCCGUACUAUGCGCCCAUUACCUCACUCAUUCCUUUCCAAGGUUACGGUAACUCUAUAUCACAAUACUUCUUAAAGUUUAAAAGGGCAACUCAGCUUGGGUUGUAUGCAUUCCGAUGGAAUUAACCAGGGGAUGGAAGACGACACAGAUGACAACGAGAGGACAAGAAUGUAUCGCCCUCACGUAGACAGUAAUGUUGGACAAAGUCGCUCCUCUGUUUCUUCGUCUAAUGGCGGUCCCCAAACGGCUCCGGCUCCAAGACCGAGCGGAGUUAACGUGAUUCUACUGUGUAAACUGUUCGUGGUGGUCGCUGUGUUUCUGGUGGGGGUGAUUAUAGGAUGGUUUUCGAUGAAGCAUCAGGUGUCAGGGGCGCACAAGGACGCGGAAAGCGAUGGACGACGCAUGAGUUGGCCCGAGAAAGUCAAACUGCAUCAGGAAAUGCUUGAAAUCAUGUCACCAACCAAUCUUGAGGUGUUUUUGAAAAACUUCACAAAGCGUCCUCAUAUCGGUGGCGGAGAACAGAGCCAGAAGCUUGGGUGCUAUAUCCGGGACAAAUGGCUAAGCUAUGGGUUCGACAAGGUUGAAAUGCCUCGCUAUGAUGUCUUGUUAUCAUUGCCAUCGCGUGACAAACCGAACGCCGUCAAGAUUAUCGACAAUAGUACAGGGGAGGUCCUGGUAGACGUGCAGGGGCCUGAAAAGACUGAUGAACCAAGUGAGAACGACCCUCUCGUACUCCCACCAUUUCUUGCGUACUCUCCACCCGGUGACGUCAUGGGGGAACUAAUUUACGUAAACUAUGGAACGGCGGAGGACUUCAAGAAAUUUGAAGAUCUCAAACAGUCCUGCAAGGGCAAGAUAGCAAUCAUGAGAUACGGCAGAAUAUUCCGUGGUGAUAAGGUAAAGCACGCCGCUGAGUGCGGGGCAAUAGGAGUGAUCCUCUUCUCUGAUCCCAUCGACGUCGCACCAGAAGGAAUGGACAAGACCUUCCCCAAGACUUGGUGGCUCUCAGGGACUGGGGCCCAGCGGGGCAGUAUUCUCAAGAAUAAUUACUAUGGCGACCCGCUGACCCCAUUACUGCCGUCCACUGAGGGGAUCUAUAGGAACUCUAGGAAUGAUACCAAUGCCCUACCAACAAUUCCUGCACAGCCUUUGCCCUAUAAUGAUGCCUUGGAGUUCUUGAAGCGGAUGAAAGGACCAGAUGCUCCAGACAGUUGGCAAGGCGGUCUACAAAUCAAAUACAAGCUAGGCCCAGGAUUCACGGACCCAAACACCACAACGAGGCUGAUAGUAAAUAACGAGUUCGUCACUCGUCCGGGGUAUAACGUCAUCGGUACGAUCACAGGCCAAGAGGAGCCCGACAGGAUUGUAUUGUACGGAAACCAUCGGGAUGCUUGGGUGUUCGGCGGAGUGGACUCAUCGAGUGGGUCGGCGGUUAUGAUGGAGUUGUCACGUGGUCUUGGCUAUCUGUUGAAGAACAAAAAAUGGAGACCACGUCGUACCAUCAUGCUUUGCAGCUGGGCUGUCGAGGAGUAUGGUCUUAUAGGGUCAGCGGAAUGGGUCAACGAGAACGAGAAAAUGCUGACCGAUCGUGCGGUCGCGUAUAUCAAUAUUGAUAGCGGAGUGGCUGGAAAUUACAGCUUCAACGCUGCAGGAAAUCCACUUCUACAAGAAAUGGCCUUCAACGAAACCCGUCUCGUUCGAGACUACAACACCCGCUCCAUGUCCGUCUACGACAAAUGGUCAAUGAGUUACCCCUCCGAUGACCACGCCAUUCCAGCUUUCAAGACACUAGGCUCAGGGUCUGAUUAUACGACUUUCGUCCAGUCAGUAGGAAUACCAAGUUUAGAUAUGAGUUACACUUUCAAAGACAGUCGUGCAUGGCCGUACCCAGUCUACCACUCCGUCCAUGACACGUUUUAUUUGCAGAAGAAAUUCAACGACCCCUACUUUAAGUCUCAUCUCACCAUGGCGAAGAUUAGCGGUAAGCUCCUGACAGCAGUCGCUGACUCACCGCUGCUUCCGUUCUCAACUAGGUCAUACAAGGACUCGCUAGCUAAAGGCUACCGCCAGCUGCAGAAAACCUUCCAAGACAGGCUCAGCGCCCAAAACAUCACGCUUGAUUAUAUCGGCAAGGAAAUCGAGAACUUCGCAGAUGCAUCUGAUAACUUUGAAUCAGCGAAAGCUACAUUGGAUAACACAACUGAUUUUAUGAAGUUGCGUCUACUUAAUGAUCAAAUGGCAAAGCUUGAACGUGCGUUUAUAUGGCCCUACGGAUUGCCAGGGCGACCAGAUACACGUCACGUGCUGUAUGCUCCGCAAAGGCACAACCUUUACGGGAGCGCGGUGUUUCCUGGGAUUUAUGACGCAAUGUAUGACGUCAGAGAUGAUUGGAUGGAGGUCAAAAACCAAAUAUCGAUCGUAACGCAAGCACUUAGGUCAGCGGUACAGUUUAUUCAACCAAUACAAAGGCAAGAAUAACUUUUUUUGAUAGGAUAAACCUGUUUUUGUGCUAUAAACAGUUAUAAAUAUGCUAGAAUAUUUUUUUCCGAGAAACUAUUUUCUCUCAUCUCUUCUAGUUGAGAAAUGAAACAUUAUAUCUGUUCUUUUAUCUUACCAAAAACAAUGCUUUGAUAAUGCUCACGAGAAUUUUAAAUAUUUGUCCAACAAUGAGAGAAAAGGUAUGAGAACAACAUGACAUUUUAUCAUUUCUCUUUUCUGUGUCUCACACUAAGAUUGUGCACCAGAAAUUACAACGAGCUUGUAAUUACUUACACAUCACAUCACUAAAAGGCUUGAUACACUAAUCAUAUGAAGAAAACGUUGUCGUUUUGAGGGACUGGUACCGAGGACUCUUAAUUUCUUUUCAGAUACUUUCUCCAUUGACUAAAGAUAGUCACAGUCAAUGUUUUUCUCUUCUGAUUACAAGUCAUAACGCACCUGCGAUACGGCAACCUUGAAAAUGACAAGAAUCAUGCAGUUUUUCCAUAUAAGGAAUAUAUUAGUUUCCUUAUAUGGAAGUGACCGCGUUUGGCAAAAACGACAAUUUUUGUCAUCUGUCCAACGAAGCCGGGCCGUAGCAUGGGGCGGGGUAAUGGGGGUGACCCAGUGGGGUCCGGCGGGGUCGUAUCUGUGCCCCAGUAUCUUCUAAAUGUAUCUUGAGUAUCUUCGGUAUUGCUCCCUAUUGCUUGUUUACGCGACAUUUGUCUUCCUCGCCUUGUGCUGUGGCGAGUACUACUUGGUAAAAAUAAACUAGUUUUGCCAGCU